ACGGCUCUUCCAAGAGAGAGAGGAAAGAGUGAGUGUGGCUAUCUUCAAAAAGGGGUGGGAACGUUGGACCUGGAAGUUGAAAAGUAUUCCCAAGCCUGUAAACAAGAAUCAAAGCUGUAAGAACGUGGUUGCACUAAAAUCAACUAGGAGGGGAACUCAGUACAGCCGGAGCAGCUCACUUGAAGUCGAAGAAGGUAAAGAAAGAGACCAUUUUCCUAAGUAAAGUUAUCCGUCAAGACCAAGAGCAGCUUCAGAAUGGGAGAAGAUGCAGUGCAAGCAGAGAGGAGCAGCAUGGUAAGCUCACAUGAGAACCAAGAGCUGGUGGUGCCAAGCCCCAGCCCCACUCAGUCUUCACCCACACAUAGUGGAGAACCUAGCAGCCCUGGGCCUCUGACUGGGGGAACUACAGGCACUCUCACCAGAGAUGGAGCUUCACCAACAGGUCAAGUGAAUGCCAUCACUGUCUUGACACUUCUAGAUAAGCUGGUGAACAUGCUGGAUACAGUGCAAGAGAACCAGCAUAAGAUGGAGAUGAGACAGGUCGAGAUAGAGGGUGCGGUGACGGGCAUCCAAAAUGAUAUGACCAAGCUCUACAAAAGUCACACUUCCACCUCCAACACGGUCAGCAAACUCCUGGAGAAGAGUCGUAAGGUCAGCGUCAACAUGAAGGAGGUCAAGGACAAGAUGGACAAGCAGGCCAUCCAGGUGAAGAAAUUGGAGGCUAAUCAUGCUCAGCUGAUCAGGAGAAACAACUUCAAAGUGCUCAUCUUCCAGGAGGAAAAUGAAAUCCCUUCAAGUGUCUUUGUGAAGGAACCUGCACCAUUACCUGAAGUGGAGGAGGAGACCCCGACCAUUGAUACCAACCGUUCUCAAGAGGAGGGCCUUCAGACCAUCGCCCUCUCCUCGGAUGAGGAGCAGGGACCAGAAGAGGAUGAUGAUGAAAUUUUGGCCGCUUUGGACCUCGAGAGUGAAAUCACAGUUGAAAAAUCUAGAGCUGAGAAAAUCAAGCGCUCCAGUCUGAAGAAAGUGGACAGCCUGAAGAAAGCUUUCUCCAGGCAAAAUAUCGAGAAGAAGAUGAACAAGAUCAGCACCAAGAUUGUGUCCCCAGAGAAACGUGAGAAAAUCAAAAAGAGUCUGACACCAAACCACCAGAAGAACCCUAGUGCCAAGAGCUCCUCUUUCAAGGUCUCUCCUCUCACCUUCAACAUCAAGAAGAACCGCAGUGGGGAUACUGAACCAGAGGCUGAGGCCUCAGCUCAAUCAGAGAGCGCCAUUGCCUCCAUUGAACUGGCCCCGAUUGAGAGCCCAACUGAAGACCUGUCCUUCAAAGAGGUCCACACCCAACUUGCACCAGCACAGGAGGAAGUAAAGGCAGCUGUGGAAGCAAUGGAGAAAAAGGAUCAGCUCAACAUACUGAAUGGCACAGCCGAGGUUGAGCUGUCGAUCACAGAAAUAAGCGAGGAGUAUGCUCUUUCUGCGACCCUGCCCCAGGACACCUUCCAGAUAGAGGUGUCUCACAGUGCUUUACAGGGAGAGGAUGAAGAGGAGGAAAAUGGAAAAGAAAGAGUGCAGAGUGAAGACAGCCCUCUAGCAGAAGCUGCAGCUGCAAGCCAAGCAGAACGUAUUGCUGUAGGCCAAGCAUCCUAAUGUCCUGACCCUCCAUUCCAGCACCAGGACAUCCUCCUAAGCUGAAAAAAAAACACUCUCUCCCUUAUCAGAGUCAGCCAUCCCUGCCAUGAACCCAGACGUCUGCCCUGUCCGCACUGAAUACAGACUUACAAUACAGUCUAUUCAAAGGCAAAAUUCAUGAAAUGUGACAUUUGCUUUAAAAUCCUAUAUUGCUGUUGUUAGUCCCUAGUCUUUUAGCAGAAAUGAAUGUGAAAGCAGUCUUAUCAGUUCAUCUAAUCCAACUGUCUGUUACAAACCUUCCGCUUGUGGGAAAACUACUUCAGCUGGUAU